CUGCGGGCAACAAGGGCAGCCCCCUGGCCCCAUGUGCCCGAACGAAUGCCGAUGGAUGUCUGAAGUAGCAUGAGGACCACCCCGGCCACCGCUCGUGCCUUACGGGCCGCCGCCCGAGCCGCAGAUGUACGCGAGCUGCGACGUUUAGUUCUGGACGACGGCGUCGACGUCGCGUGCGCGAGCCGCGAGGGCUACACCGCGUUGCACGCCGCAGCGAAGCGCGACUGCGUCGCGUCGCUCCGAGUCCUCGUCUGCGAGCUGGGCGCCCAUAUGGACGCGACGAGCCGCGACGGCUUUUCGGCGGCCCACGUCGCCGCGCGCUACGACGCCGCCGAGGCGCUGGCGGUUCUGAUCGAAGAGCUCGGUGCGUCCUCAGACUUACGAAGCCGGUCCGGCGACGGUCCCGUGCACGUCGCGGCGCGCUACGGCAGCGAGCGGGCGCUCAAAUUCCUCGCCGGCCGGCCGAGCCACGCAAACAACAACGCGGCCAAUAACAACGGGGCCUUACCCCUGCACUGCGCUGCGGCGCGCGACCAGCAGGCUUGUGUCGAGUGCCUCGUGUCACGGUUCUCUGCGUCUGUCAAUGCUCGGGACGCAAGCGGAGCCACGCCAUUGCAUUGGGCAUCAUACUACGGGUCGGUGGCGUCCAUACGGUGCCUGGGGUCGAACGGCGCGGACGCGGACGCGGCACGAACUGCGGACGGCGCCCGGCCUCUCCACGUCGCGGCCGGCGCCGGCCGGCGAUUUGCACUUCGAGCGCUUGUGCGAGAGCUGUCGGCCUCGGUGGAGGCGCGCGACGGACGCGGGCGAACGGCAAUGCAUUGGGCGUGCCGCGCUGGGGACGUCGCCGCCUUGCUCUGCUUGGCAACGGAACUUGGAGCCAACGUCGACGCAAGAGAUGAGCGGGGAGCAACGCCGCUCAUGCUGGCAGCGCGGCAAGGGCACGAUGCCGCGUGCAGGAGCCUCGUCGACGAUCUCGGUGCGGAUUGUAACUUGACGGAUGAAGACGGCGCGACCGCGACGCAUCACGCCGCGGCGCACGGCCGCGCGGACGCGCUGGCGGUGCUGCCGCCCGUGGCUGACGCGUUGCAUGUGGCGGCGGCUAAUAACUCCCGCGACGUGAUCGAGCGGCUCGUGGACGGUGGCGCGUCGCCGAACGCCCGGGACGGACGCGAUGCGACAGCAGCGCACUGGGCGGCCGACUACGACGAGGUGGCGGCGCUGAAGAAACUGCAAAGCCUCGGGGCGUCGCUCGUCGCGCAAGAUGGUCAGGGAAGAUUCCCUGUCGACGUGGCCGACCGGGCGAAUUCAAGGGGCGCCGCCGCGUGGCUGCGACAACAGCCCGAGGUCCGGGAAGUACUGAAUGUCCUCGGGGCCGCCCGGUCGUCAAGACGACGACCGCCGCCCACGCCGCCACCAGCCCGGAGCCCUGAGGCGGCCUUGAAAAGUGUGUUCGACAGCCGGUCAGAUAUCGACGCGACCAUCACCGUCCAAGCGGCGCGCCGCGCUCUCGAAGCGUCGGCGCCGCGGUUGCUCGGCGUCGACGGCGAGGCCUUUUCCCGAGCUCUGGAGCGCCUCGACGGCGCCGACAGCGCGCAGAAAUUAUCGUGGCAACAGUUUCGCCGCGUCGUCGCGUCACUUGCGGUGUUGGCCCGCGCCGACCUCGCACUGUCGCCGCUCUCCCCCGCGACUAUCGAGUCGACGUUUCCCGACGACGACGACACCGUCGAGCCGCCGCCGCCGCCGCCGGACUCGCCGCCGCCGCGAGACGUCGAUGAGCCGCCGCGAGACGUCGACGCGCCGCCUCUGCCUCCGGACGCGACGCCGCCCGCGCCGCGACGCAGCGUCGAGGAGGUCGCCACGCGCCUCGACGCCAUCGCGGCCGCGCUGUCGCCCUCCUCUGCGUCAUCUCCGCGGCUGUCGCCCUCUUCCGCGCUGUCUCCGUCGUCCAUACUGUCGCCGUCGGCAAUGCUCUCCCCGUCGUCGGCGCUGUCUCCGAUGUCCGCGCUCUCGCCGUCUUCUGCGCUGUCGCCCGCGCCGCGGCCGCCGUCCUUUCAUGCCGAGGAGACGCCCGCGCGGCGCCUCCGCCCGCGCGCGGACGACGGCCCUUCCGAGGCAGCGAGCCUGGCGAGCCCGCCGGCGUGGACGGAGGCGCCCCCGGCGGAAGCCGCGAGCCCGUCGAGCCCGUCGAGACCGCCGGCGAGGACGGAGGUGCGAAGGGAGGACGGCGUAUGGGCGGAGGCCCCGGCGACGGAGGCUCAGAGCCCGUCGAGCCCGUGGGAUGAGGCGCCCCUGUUAGAGGUCGCGAGCCCGUCGAGCCCAACGGCCUGGGCGGAGACGCUCGAGGAACUGCGCGCGGACCCGGACUCGCCGAUUGGGCAACUGGUCUUCGGUGACGCGGCGGAGGACGACGCGGCGGACGCCGACGCCGCGUCGGCCGCGCGAGAAAGACGCGAAUUAGAAAAUCGCGACGCGGCGACGGUUCGCGCGCUGGAGCUGGCCGUCGCGCGGGCCGAGGCGGCCACGGCGGGUCGCGCGGAAGCCGAGGCGGCCCUGGCCGAGGUCGAGGCUCGCGCGUUUGAUGUGCAGCGCGCGACGCGGAGCCUUGAAAAGGACGUCGAGCGGCUCACAAGUGAGCGGGACGCGGCGACGGCCGCCCGAGCCGCCGCCGAGGAACGGUUGCAGGCGGCGACGCCGUCGAAGAAGGACCGCGCCGCGCGCGCCCUCGAGGAAUUGGAGGGCGUCCGCUCGGAGCUUGACAAUUCUCAGGCCGCGCGCGCCGCGGCGCUCCGGGAGCUCCAGCGCGGCAUCCGGCGCGUGCGGGCGUCGCGGUUUUGGUUCCAGGAUGAUCCGGCCUCGCUCGUGUUCCGGGACGUCGCGGCGGCUCUGGGCGCCGUGGGCUGCCCGGCGGAGGAGCCCUGCCGCACCUUCGACGAGGGCGACAGCGGUGCGUGCAUCUACUGCGGCCACCCGCGCGACGCGCACGCGCUGCCCGCGUCGUUGGACCGCGCCGGGUCGCCGCGGUGGAACCUCGUGCCGCCGCCGAGCCCGAUCAAGAGUCCUGCGUCUAGUGCGGGCUAA